AUGUUGUUCUCCAUCAAAGUGAUCAAGAUGACAAUUGUUGUAGUAACUUGGCUAUGUGGGUCCAUCUUAAACUCAUCUAUUGUAGCUGUGUAUCUCAGAGAGUGGAAGAACGGAAUGAGCCUUGGGGAGUGUGAUCGGACCAUUCUGACCAUUGGGUGCAACAAUUUUUUCCUGCAGUGCUUUUUAACCUCCUAUGAAAUAAUGGCUAUUUUUGAGCUCUAUGGGUCGUUUCUAAAAGAAUUCAAAGUGGCAGGUUUGAUAUUCUUCUUCUUUUUUAAUUAUAUCACCAUGUGGCUCACUGCCUGCCUCUCCAUCUGCUACUGCGUAAAACUGGUCAGUUUUUCACAUGAACUACUGAUAAGAUUGAAAAGGGGAAUGUCCUCUGCAAUCACUCUCUUCCUGCUUGGAUCAGUGGUGCUUUCAGGCUUGAUUAACGUUCCGUUCAUUUGGACAAUGGAUACGGAAUUUCUGGGAAAUACGACCUUAACAGCUGACAACGUUAUCUACAAACCGGAUCUCAAAUUCCUGUGUUUCAACAUUGUCAUCGGUUCCUGUGUGCCGAUUCUUGUAACAUCUCUUUGUAUUGGACUCAGUGUGAUGUCUCUUCGUAGACAUGUCCAGCGGAUGAAGAACAACACUUCUCAGUCCUGGACUCCGCAGUUGAAGAGUCACGUGAGAGCUUGCAGGACAAUGUCUUUACUUUUGAUUCUAAACCUGAUUUUCUUCAUGACAUUUAUUACCGUGGCCUUGGGUCUAACACAGUUCAAAGGUAUACUUAUUGGAGACAUUUUGUACUGGUCUAUGAUUAUGUCAGGUCCUUCGAUUGAAGCCGCCCUUCUAAUCCUUGGAACUACCAAGCUUAAAACAGCUUUUUCAAAGAUUUGCUUUUGA